CGGACGCAGCUGUGCGUUCGUGCGCGCGGCCCGGCGUGAGCAGCGGCGUCAGGAGCGGUGCGGGUUCAUGUUCCGAUUUCAGUCUCUGGAUGAGGACUGCCCUCUGGAGGAGGAGGAGGGUCUUGUUGAUGAGGAAGAUGACAUAGACCAAUUCAAUGACGACACCUUUGGAGCAGGAGCUAUAGAUGAUGACUGGCAGGAAGAACACGCCCGGCUGGCGGGGCUCGAUGAGCGGGUGCGAGGAGACGGGAGUGGGAGGGUGAGCUCUGAAGCUGCCCCCAACACUCCCCUUCCUGCCCCCUCUGCCUUGGCAGCCGCCCCCGCCCCCCCCUCUCUCUCUGCCCCCGGGCUGGGGGAGGAGGGCAGUGGCGAUGGCUCCGCGCUGGCUGAGAGCCUGUCCCGCCUCAUCAUGGAGACCGACCCCGGGGUCGCGGGGGUGUCCGGAGUCAUCGGGGGGCCGGGGGGACCCUCUGCCGGCCCCCCCUCGUCUCUGCUCGGCUACCAGCUGCACCAGCGCGGCACAGCGCCCCUGCAGGCCUCCCCACAGGUGGGCUCUCACAGCAUCUGGGAGAACAGCAUGGGCUUCGGACCUGUGGGCGUCUCUCCUGCACUCGUCCCUCACGUGGAGGACAGCCCCCUCAUGUCAAUCAUCAAGGAGGUGGGACUCCCAAAAAGGCCACCAGUGAGGGGAGAGGAGACGCGGGACUUGUCAGAGCGUGUCCCACCCCCUCGGUCAUCCUCGCCUGUGAUUGGCAGCCCCCCAGUGAGAGCGGUACCGAUCGGCACUCCACCCAAACAGCCCUUUGGUCACGGACUCAACCAGCACAUCCUGUGUCCAACAGCAGUUCAUGUUCGAGCCCCCGUCCACCACAGAUACCCCUCAACCUUCCCUGACAGACUGUCCCCCAACCAGCUGCUCAACAUGGCUAAUGCUCCUAUGCGUGGCCAUCCUUUUCCCUCUGGUGUGGGACCAGUCCUAUCUCAGAUACAGAGAGCCCAGCUCAUUUCACCACAGGGUGCCCUCUCCCACAGUGCUUUCUCAAGGAGUGGGGGCCCCUCUCCUCUCCUGGCUCCAAAGCAGCUCAUGGCUGGUGGGGGGGGGUUUCGUCCGUUUUUCGGGCAGCCUCCUUCCCGUAGCAUGGCACCCCCCCCUGUGCGGCCUGAUACCACUCACCUGCACCCCCAGCAUCGCAGACUGCUGACCCAGAGACUACAGAACCGCAGUGACCACUCUCGGGGAGACAGAGCUCAGCGUGGGGGUGACAGGGGGCGCAGAGAAAGGGACAGAGACCCCUACAGCAACCUGAUGACCCCACGGGAGAAGGAUUGGGUCGCACGUAUACAGAUGAUGCAGCUGCAGAGCACUGACCCCUAUUUGGAUGACUACUACUACCAGAACUACUUCGAGAAGCUGGAGAAGCGCCCGGGGGGAGAGCAUUGUGGGCGGGACAGUGUCCGGAAAGAGGUGACCAAGCUGAUCACCCCCCAGGUGGCCAAGCUGGAGCACACCUACAGGCCAGUGCAGUUUGCAGGCUCUCUCGGGAAGCUCACAGUCUCCAGUGUUAAUAACCCUCGCAAGAUGAUUGACGCUGUGGUCACGAGUCGCUCCGAUGAUGAGGAGAAGAGAGAGAAGCAGGUGUGGAACAAGAGGCGACAGAUUCUCUACACAGUGGAGAAGCUGUACAGUCUGUUGCUGGAGGUGCAGGACUUUGAGAAGAAGUUCCUUCAGACUGCGGAAGAGCAGAGGGAGAGCCUGCUAGAGCAGCACAAAGCCCAGACCCUCCAGCUGUACAGCACACUGAGCGACAGGGAGGGCAGCAGGAUCAGCGAUGAGCUCUUCAUCCAGAUCAUGUCCCUCCGCAAAGGCAAGCGUCUCAUUGCCCGGAUUCUCCCCUUCCUGGGUAGCGAGCAGGCUGCUGCCGUCGUCAUGGCUAUCGCCCGCAAUUUGCCAGCCAUCGCGAAGAAGGACAAGCAGGACCAGGUGCUGUCCUCGCUGGUGGAGCCCUGCGCGGCGGUGAUCCAGUCCCUGUCCAGCGCCGGCCUGACGGACCUCCUGCAGGAACUGCAGGGCCCGGCCCAGUGCCCCAGCGACACGCAGCUGCACAAGGUUCUGCACAACAAGUUUGGCCUGACGUUCCUGUACCUCAUUCUCAGCGAGGGGGAGAGGCUGCAGAGCGCAGACCCUCACUGUGAGCUUAUGGAGGACAAUCGAUGGACUGAGCUGGUGUUCUCAGUGACCCGGGAGCUGCUGCAGACCCCGCCCUCCUCGCUGGCCACGCCCUUCUUCACCCCCCCCAGCCUGCUGUCACUCUUCUCGCGCUACGUGGACAGGCAGAAACUGGACACCCUACAGGACAAGCUACAGAUCUCUGUCCAGUCCAGGUAGAAGUGACUGCAGCCCAGAAAGGAGCCAUCCUGCUGAGACACUGAUUCUGUGUGUGUGUACAGACUACAUGUGAAUAAUAAACACACAGGAGCUUCAGAGAUACCGAGAGCGAAGUGGUGGAUAACACAGAUGUCAUUAUCGGACCGUCUGUCCAUGUGUGCGUGUGCAGGGAGAUGGACCAGACUCUCGCUGUUCAGCAGUCUGAUCCACUCCAGGUUUUACUGGCUGCUGGCUCUUUUGUAUGCGUGUGUGUGUGUCUGUGAGAGCGCCACAGGGGCGGGCAGAUUUUAUCUCGUUUCCCUUGCUCUGUUAGCCCUGUCAUAACACCGUGCUGUCUGUGGCCUGAGGUUCGAGUGCUGUGUGAGAGGGGGUAGGGGGACAGUGGGGGACGACGGUAAGUCCUUGGUUUUUAAUUUAGCGAUUGUUAUGACACUCAUGAUACCGAAUUAAAAUAUUUGUAUUAUACA